AUGUUAAUAGGAUUCACAAUGACCUUUUUAACCUUUAUUUGCUUAGUAAUAUUGAUCUUAAAUACUUCAGUUAGAAUCAAUUAAAAUGGAUAAAUAAUUGAGAUGACACUUGAAAUUGUAUUAUUUUCCUAAAUUUAAUUUAGAAAAGAUAAAAAGAAAUAGAGUAAAAUAUUAUAAUCAAAUAAUUCAUCUCAGUUUAUAUGCAAAUUUAUUAAAUGUUAAUGAGAAUUCCUUUAUUAUAUUCUCACUUUCACAUUGUGAAUUUUUAUUAAAAAACAAGUAUUAAUUGUUUAUAUUAGAUUCACUUAACUAGUUCUUGCUAUUUGGUGUUAGUAUUUGCAUGUUUUCAAUAGCUCUUCAAUUAAUUUUUAGUUUAGUUAUUGAUUUACAUUGUUUUGAAUUUAAAAUGAAAAAUCAAGAUUAUUUAGGAAGAUUUAAUUAACAAAAAGUUCAUUUAGUUUUUGCAUUUUAAACAAUUAUAGUCAUAUUAAUAGGAUUAGAAAUAAACACUAUAAUAGUUCAAGUGUUUUAUAUGAUAUAUUUAUUGAUGAGUGUUAUUAUGAGUUACCAUUAACUUAUUUAUGUAGAAGUUUAAAUAUCACAAUUAUAAUUUCAUAUAUCAAGCUAUUUGCUAUUAUAUUAAAUAACACUUUUAGUAGUUCAACUUACUGAUGUAAUAGAAAAUUUAAAUGUUUUGGGAUUUCUAUUGUUCUUUUAUCCAUUCAUUGCUUAUAUUCUUAAAAUAAUAACCGAAAGAUAAAAGAUAUCUUAAUUAAAAUCUUCUGGAAAUUCAUUAGAAAAAUAAAUUAGAUUUAUAUAUCAUUUAUUUAAAAAAUAGAUUAAAUUAAAGAAAGAGUAGAGAUCUUUGGAUCCAAUGGAAUCAUUGUUUAUGUACUCGUUUAUAACAAAUCACUUGAGAUAUUGUUCAUUAAAUAGAGAAAGAAAAUUAUAAAAGUAAAUAAAAAUGAAAUUCAAAUGUUUUUGUGAAGAAUUUUCAGAAAAGGAAAACUUUUAGUUUAAUUCUAUAACAUAGAUGAAGAUAUUUGCUAAAGAAUUAAUAUCAUAGACAUUAGAAGAUGAGAUUAUAGAAACUUCAAAUACAUACUUAGCAUUGAUUUACAUAUACUUUUUAGUAUAAGUUAAGAAAUUACCUACUUAAGCAAUAUAUGAAGUAAUUAGAUUGUCAAUAUAAACAUAAGUAUAUAUUUAUUAUUAAUAAAGGGAAUGGCACUUAAAGAAUAAGCAAUUAUUUAUAAAUUAAAAUAUGAUGCUUUGGAAGAAUUUGAUCAAUUAGUAAAAAAGAAUGAUCUAAAAAAUUAAAAGUACAUUUUUAAAAGAGUAUAUUAAUAUGAAGAAUCCCUUUCAAUAAUCAAAUAAAAUAUGUGUUUAAUUGCAAAAUAAUUUAAAGUAAUAGUAUUUUUUAUUAAUCCUUAGGAAUGGUAUGGAUUGAUUUUAACAUCUAUAAUUGAUAUUGAUUAGUUGAUAACAAUUGGAUUUGAGAUUUUAAGAAAUAUUAAAGCUGUUGAGUCUCAAUUACAAUAAGCAUUUACUAUAAAUCCACUUUCUAAUGAAUGUGACACCAUCUAUAAUCUGUUCACUAAAUAUAUAUAAUAUAACAAGAGCAGACCUAAACUAUAUCGAUUGGAAGGAAAAUUGGUGACAUUAUUUAUGUAAUCAAUUGAAAAAACAAUAUUUGAUCCUGGUAGUUGUGUGAUUUAGAUCACUUUAUUGUAGCCUAGAGGAAAUGUACUAAGAUACACAAGAUCAUUUUAGUAAGCAAUUGGUUUUAGGGAUGAAGAGAUUAAAGAUUAGAAUAUACAUAGAUUCAUGCCUCAAAUAAUAGCUGAUGAUCAUGAUAUGUAUUUAGAUAAUUUUGUAGAAAGAGGAAGAAUUAUAGUGGUAAGAUCUGAAGUUAGAGUUAUUUUGGGUAAAAAUAAAGGAUAAUUUCUUGUACCUAUUAAUACUAGAUUAAGAAUUGAAACAAGUCCAACUGAAUUUGGUGCUACUGCACUUAUUACACCUGUUAAUCUAACUUUUGGAUAUAUGAUUUUAAAUGAUAAAGGAUAAAUUGAAGAAAUUACUUAAAAUAUUUUUGAAGAAAUGUUUUAAAAGCAUUUAGGAAUAUAAAUAUCAUAAGUAAGAGGAUUGGAUUGCUUAUUUUUUGUACCUGAAUUAGCUAAAAUUUGGGAAGAUAUUUAUGAUUAACAUUUUGAUAAAUUAGAUAGAAAAUUUGAAUGUUAAUUCAUUAUUCCAUUACUUAAUUAAAAUAAAAGCAUGUCAUAAUCAUAAUUAUCAAAGAGUUUGUCCAAAUUAUAUUUUUAGAAAUAAAUUUAUAAGAAUUUUGAAAAUCAACCUACUGAAAAUGUUAUUUUUCUUGUUUAAUUACAUGUUAUGAGUUUAGUUACUAUCAAUUUAAGGUAUUAAUACAAUUUUAUUAUUUAGAUUAGUGAUUUUAGAAUUAUAAGAUUAUAGAUUGAUGCCAAAUUAAAAGAUUUCAAGUAAAUAAAUAAUAUAGUUAAGGGUGAGAACAUCAAAAUAAUUUAAUGUUUAAUAAUUACAAAACUCUACAAGUUAUAGAGAAUAAGCAAGUUUAUUAAAUUCCCCUUGGGUAUUAGAUUGUGAUUUAGAUCAUGGUUUACUACAAGAGGAAGAAAGGAUGAUUGAUGAGGUUAAAAAUUAAUUAGCUACAGUUAAUAUAACUAAUACAACUCAUCAUUAAUAAGUUUAACUAAUAUAAUAUGCUGAAGAGGAAAUUGAAAGUCUUUAAGAAUAAAAUUAAAAUAUUCCUAAAGAAGCUUAACCUUCAAUCAAGAUUGAUGAAAAAAAGAGGAGUUAAUUAAAUAAAGUUGAUAAUUAAAAUAAUAUGUCAGUUGGUAGUAGAUCAUCAUAAAAUAAUCAAUCAUAACUUAAAAGAUAAAUGCGAGAUUGCUUAAGUGAAAAUUAAACAAUAAAUAAAAAACAAGCAUUUGUUUUACUGAUAUUUUAUUUAUUGAUAAUAGGAGCUUACAUUCUUAAUUGCUUACUUUUCUCUUCAAAUUAUUAGAAGAUUUAGGAAAAUCAAUCUAGUCAGAAUUUGCCUUAUUAAUUAUCUUAUUUUUACAAUGAAUUUGUGAUCUCCUCCUUUUAUUUAAAAUAUAGUUUAUUAUUUCCAUUUUCAGAUUUACAAUAAAUUAGUUUAGAUUUUUAUUAAAAUUAAAUAAAAAAUAUAGAUGAUGCUUUGAAGAAUAUUCCAGAAAUAGAAAUUAAUGUUGAUAAUUCAUUAAAACAACAAUCAAUACAUAUUAUAUAGUAGAUGAUAAAUUAGAAAACCAAUUAAUUAUUUAAUUACGAUGCCUUUUUGAAUAAUACAUAAUAUUUUGAAAAUAUACUUUAAACUUUAUAUGAAGCAGAUACAACUAGAAAUAUUACAAAUAUCUAAUAUAUGUAAAUCAUUUAUUAUAUUUAUGAAUAUUAUUUUUAGAGUUAUAGCUGAAGAAUUAGUUCUAGUUUUAUUUAUCUGUUGGUAUGCAUACAAGUGCAUCAUACUUAUACAGAUGAAAUAAAAAGUAUACAAAUUGUUUUGCACAUUCACUACUGAUGUGAUAUAAGAACAAUAUGUAACCUUUUCUUCAUUAUAUUCACUUAUGAGCACAACCAAAUUCAAAAAGGAAGAAACAAAUGAGGAAAAAUUUGAAAUGAUUAUGGGAUAAGCUUUUCAUAAAUAGACUAACAAUUCUAUUUUAGAAAAAUAUUAGAAAGUAGGAAAAAGAAUUAGAUAAAAUAGUAUAUCUUUUAUUUUAUUUUAAAUUAGAAAAUAAUUCAACUCAAAUAAUCUUUUUCUUAUUUGUUUUGAUAAUGAUAAUAGUUUGCUCAAUAUAUUUUAUAGGGAGCAAUUUAAUGCAUUAAGCAACUAUAAAUAAGAUAAUCAUCUAAUUUAAUGAUAAGAUAUUGUUUUAAUAGGCAUAUUAUGAGAUUACUUUAGCAUAUGCAUAAUCAUCUGUUUUCAUUCAAAGAUAAAUUACCAGUGAAAUUUUAGAAAUUUAAAAUAAAACUGUUAAUGAAUUGAAUGAUCUAAGAAAGAAAUUGUCUUUAUAUCAAUAGGAUUAAACAAUAUAUAAAAUUGUAACAAAAUCGGCAUGUAAUAUUUUCAAUAAUUCGUUGUAAUUAAUUUAUUUUUUAUAAUCAUUAGAACGAGUUUUUAGUAAUAUGAUGAAUUAUUUUCAUAUGAGCAAUGUAUGAGUUACCCCAUUUUAUAGGGAGGAUUAAGUGUAAUUUUUGCAGAUUUAUGUGAUUAACAAUUGAGAUUUUUGUAGGAUUUAGAAAAUAAUGCAUCUUAGGAAUAUCUGUAGUAAAAUUAUUAUUCUGCUACAUCUUAAAUUGAACGACUUUAUGAUUCUAUGGGGUUUUUUGUUAUUGUCUCAACCCUAACUAAUUAGAUAUAGAAAUCAGUUUAAGACAAUAUUACAAUAGAUAUAAUUUUGGUAAUAUUUUCAGCUGUACUGAUGACAAUUUCAAUGAUAACAAUGGUUAUUUCAAUGAGAAAUAUUCGAUUGCAUUAUUAAACAAGCAAAUAAUUGCUAACUCUAGUUCCUUUAGAAAGAUUACUCGAAAAUGCUUAUAUUUUAAGCUUUAUUUAAUAAGAUAUUAAACUUCAAAAUUGA